AUGGUGGUGGACGAUGCGGCGGUGAAUCUGCUGGUGGCGCGCCGCACUCUCACUCGCAGCGGCGCCACCGUCGCCACCGCAGGCAGCGGGAAGGAGGCGCUGCGACACGUCAAGCAGCACGCUCUGGGCCUGGGGGGCAGCGCACACCUCGCAGACGGGCAUGUGGAUGUGGUGCUCAUGGACCUGCAGAUGCCCCUCAUGGACGGGUUCGCAGCCACAGCGGCCAUACGAGCACACGAACAAGCCCCGCUUCUUCAACCCACAUCCCCACCAGAAGCAACACCCAGAGCAGCAACAGAAGCCACACAAUCAGGCACACAAGCAUCAUUCACCCCCGACGUCCCUCAGCUACUCAUAGUGGCGCUCACGGCCGAUGUGGAUGCUGAAAUCACUCACCGCUGCCUUGCGAGUGGCUUUGAUGGCGUUUUGCAGAAGCCUGUCGACCCGAAGCUUCUGGCGCAGCUGCUUGAAAAGAAUUCCAACAGCUGA